UCACACACACAUUCCGUUAUCAUCUUCAUCGUCACAGUCAUAGAACGAUAACAAACCCCCUUCUCCCUUCACAAUGCCUCCCGCCAAACGCAAAGCCCAACAAACGGAGGAAGCCACGGCGCCUCCGGCGAGACUCACACGUGCGUCGGCCAAGCGUUCCGCCGCCGCGAUAUCCGAGCCUCAGGCCUUCGCGAAGUUGCCGGAAGAGAAGAAGGCGAAGAAGGCAAAGGGAACUAAGCAGAGAAAGGAGAAAGAAGGUUCUGGCGCUGUUGAAGAAGAAGGAAACGUUUCUGGCAACGGUCUAGACGCUUCUACCAAGGCUAUCGUUGUUGAACAUUGUAAGCAAUGUAACUCGUUCAAGACGAGGGCCAAUCUGGUGAAAGAAGGUUUGGAGAAGGCGGGUUGUGGAAUCACUGUGAUUCUGAACCCUGAAAAGCCAAGAAGAGGUUGCUUUGAAAUACGACAGCAAGAGGGCAAGAAGUUCAUUAGUCUCUUGGACAUGAAGCGUCCAUUUAAACCAAUGAAGGAUCUAGACAUGGAAAAGGUCAUCUCGGACAUCAUCGAUGAGAUAUCAAAGACUAGUUGACUUAAGAUGUUUUGCAAGGGCUUUUCUUGAAAGUGAAGCGAGAUAAUGGUUGAAGUCCUACAAUGUAAACCUGUGUAUAAUGUAUUAACCAGUUGUAUGUGGCACUGCUUCAGAGGGGACAGUCAUUUUGGAUAUCAGGGGAGUACCAUCAGAUUUGGUUUUCUAUCUAAACUACACUUAGGUUUCAUUUGCGUUUUGAUGUCGAACUACAAGAUGUUGAUCAAUACUUGUGAUUUUGUUAAGAAUACUAAUGCUUCUAUGAAUUUUUUGUUGCUUUUUUAAUGUUUUCUAUUGGAUAAUUAGACGAGAACAACA